GUUGCGCAAGAAAAAUAAAACGCAUAGAAGCUAGCUCAACGCUAACAAAACAUUUGGAGAUAAAGAAACCAAAAAUAUUUCCAAAUCUAACCGAAUAAAGGCACAAAAUCAACAGUUUCCUGUCCUGUCCUCCUCAACUUCUCUUGGUGCUUGUACCUGACUCGCCGCCGCUCUCUGAUCAAAAAUCAGAUCAGGCCGUUACACGCCGACGUCCUCGCAAUCCGGACAAACCAUUCGUGCCGGCUGACAGUGGAAUUAUUUUGAAUUAUUGAUGCUGUAGAACCGUACCUGUCCUCAACACCUGCCUUUACUGUAAUUAGAGCUGCACUGCUGAGGGAUCAGCCUGCGGCGCUUUGACGACUCCACUUUGACCUCACGCCGAUCGGCAUAAAGCACCGCUGAAGUAAAGUUUGUUGAAUAAAUGCGUCAGAUUCACUGGCGGCUUCGGUUUCUCCGCGGGAUCAUCUGAAAAUUUGCCCCACUUCUCCUCAGCAGAUCUCGUUACCCCAUGUAUAUUUCAUCAGGACAGGACAGCAGCCAAUCGGGUUCGCUCGUACGAUCCAUUUAAAUAAGACCCGCCCACUUUGGGAGGAACGUGAAGGAGGCGGGGCGUCGCUCUGAGAGGUUUGGGCCAAUCAGAAGGCGGGGGGUCUUCCUGAUACCUGUUGAUCCAGGAGGGGGUCGGGUUACAGUCGGCUUGGCGGCGGGGGGAAGCUGCCGGUCCAGUCUGCCGGGGUUUCUGCCGCCGUGUCAGGGGGCCUCGGGAGGGAGGGGGAAGCACCAUGAGCGCCUCUCAACCUGCCGCUCCCCCGUCGUCCCCCGCAGGACCCACCAUCGAGUGGCUGGAGCCCAAAGUGCCCGACAUCCUGAAGAACGGCAGCAGCUCCCUCAGCAGCUUCGCCACGGGGGAGGGUCCGCUGGAGGGGGCGGCGCUGGAGCUGAACAGCCCCGAGUCCUGCAGCUUCUCUACGGAGCAGGAGGAGAUCGAUCCAGACGAUGAGCUGGAGGACUCCUUCACGGACAAGGAGGAGGACCUGGGGGCUGUGGAGGAGGAGCGCAGCGUCAUCCUACACCUGCUGUCGCAGCUGAAGCUGGGCAUGGACCUCACGCGGGUGGUCCUCCCCACUUUCAUCCUGGAGAAGCGCUCCCUGCUGGAGAUGUACGCCGACUUCAUGUCCCACCCGGAACUCUUCAUCGCCAUCACGGACGGCGGCAGCCCCGAGGACCGCAUGGUCCGCUUCGUCGAGUACUACCUCACCUCCUUCCACGAGGGCCGCAAGGGCGCCAUUGCCAAGAAGCCCUACAACCCCAUCAUCGGCGAGACCUUCCACUGCUCCUGGAAGGUGGCGCGGGGGGAGGACGCCUCCGGGGAGCCCCCGCAGGGGAACUCGGAGGAGCCGUACCUGCUGCGCUUCGUGGCUGAGCAAGUGUCCCAUCAUCCCCCCGUGUCGGGCUUCUACGCCGAGUGCGAGGAGAAGAGGAUGUGUGUGAACACGCACGUGUGGACCAAGAGCAAGUUCAUGGGCAUGUCUAUCGGGGUGUCCAUGAUCGGGGAAGGUGAGGUCGUUUUUGUUAGGCCUUCUUUUAUCUUCAAAGUCUGAGUAGGUUCUGGGAAUCUCGGGGUAACUCACGAUACCGAUGGAUCUAGACGUGAAAAACAUUGCAAUAAUCAUUAUUUUGCCUCGGGAAU